AGGAAUGACUUUUCUCCCCCAUUCACCAACAUCAACUGUUUUCUCCGUAAAUUUCCGUCACCGCCAUUUUUCUUUUCUCCAUCACCAGGAACAUCGACAAUCACCAUAGCCAUCCUUUUAACCGCACAGCGUUAAUUACCAUACCAGUCAUCUUCAUCCACCAAAAAACCCAUCAAUUUCAAAAUUAAAAUGUCUGAGUCACCUGUUUCAUUAGACCCAAUUGAGUUCAAGUUUGUCACUUGAUACUGCUUAUGCCUUGUAAUUUGACCGAUUUAAUCACUCAUUCAAAGGAACUGUUGAUUGUGGAUAUUAAUAAACCCCAGUUAUUUAGGACAAUCCCUUUUAUAUUGUCUGAAAUGAUUUGAAUUAAUUAUGGUCAACAAUUCAGAUAUUUGCAGCCGUCUGGAGUGGUUCAAUUGCAGUGACCGCUUCAACCUUUGACUCCUUGCUGGAUCUAAUCAGCGGGGCAGUUCUUUAUUUCUCCCAUUUUUAUAUGAAAAGGGAGGACUCGGUUAAGUAUCCUAUUGGGAAGUCACGGGUGGGACCAGUCGGACUUACCAUCUCUGCCACUAUGAUGGCUACUUUGGGUCUUCAGGUACUAAUUGAAUCAGGAAAAAAAUUGUUGCUGAACGAGGAACCUUUGAAAAUGGACUGGUCGCAGUUGGUGUGGUUAUAUUCAAUUAUGUUGUCUGCAUCUGCAGUAAAACUCUCUCUGUGGUUUUAUUGCAGAAGUUCUCCUAGCGAAAUCGUCCGCGCAUGUGCCAAGGACCACUAUUUUGAUGUCAUGACGAACAUAAUAGGCUUGAUUGCUGCUGUUCUCGGUGACAGAUUUUAUUGGUGGAUUGACCCUGUCGGUGCCAUUAUUCUUGCUAUCUAUACUAUUAGCAUUUGGUCAGGCGUUGUAAUGGAAAACGCAGUGUCACUGAUCGGACAAUCAGCAGCGCCUGAUGUUCUGGAGAAGUUGACAAACCUUGCGACAGGGCACCAUCACUUAAUCAAGCGUGUUGAAAGAAUUCAAGCUUACACCAUUGGGGGUCUUUUCGUGGAGGUCGACAUUGAACUCCUUGAGGAUUUACCUUUGGAAGUAGGCCGUGAUAUUGGUUUAUCUUUGCAAGUGGAGAUUGAGAAAUUGACAGAAGUUGAGCGAGCAUUUGUUCGUACCUUAAUUUUUCGUACCGAACCUGCAGGAACGUCAACAAGCAUAAGCUGCGCUCUUCAACGAGAUUAAAGUCCACGGUUCCCAAGUCUUUGGGAAUGAAUAGAAUACCAAAAUAAAUUUGACCUUUUGUCAUGAGACUCAUGACCCAUCUUGGGCUGCCAAAGUUCAGUUAAGGGCCACUGGGGUUAUGGAGUAUGAUUAAAGUUAAUUAAUUAGUUGAGUGUGGGUGUAUAGGUUCUUUCUUCUUCUUCUUUUUUUUGGCCAUUUCAGUUUUUGUUUUAUUUCGCAUUUAAAUAGGAAGUUUCUUUCAACAGUAAAUAAGUUAUCUAAGGAAGAUAGAACUAAAAGAAUAGGUUCUCUUUUGUCGGAUUAUCUUCCUGAAAAUGUCAAGAUAGAUCUCUUUAAAAGAAUAGAUGAAGGAACUGAACCUCUGCUACAAAAUGUAAUAGCUUUUCCUUAUUAAUAAAAGUUUCUUUUCUUCAAUUACCGAGGUAAA